UGUAUAAAAGUGGACGGAAAAAUCUAAAUCAGUAUCAUUCAACAUUUGAAGCUUUAUCAACAAACACAAAACAACUCCCAAUAAUCAAAAUGUUUGCCAAAACUAUUGUUCUCGCCCUGUUCGCCGUCGUUGCCGUCAGCGCUAAGCCCGGUCUGGUGGCUCCAGUGGCCUAUUCCGCACCUUUGGUGGCUGCUGCCCCUGCUCCAUUCGUGACGGCUCAGAGUUCUCAGUACAUUGCCCGGAACUACAACGGAAUUGCUCCAGUCGCUUACACUGCAGCCUACACCUCAGCUCUGGCCACCCCACUGGCUUACACUGCCCCGGCUGUGGCUGCCGCUUACACCGCUCCCCUAGCAGCUGCUGCCUACACUGCCCCGUUUGGAGCUGCUUACACCGCCCCAGUGCUGCUGUAAAGACUGGAAAUGAACUGAUGAUUGAUUUUGCCAAACAAAUGUGACGAAUGCUGAAUAAAAAUGUGAUGAAAUUAG